CAAGGCUGCAUACCCGAGCAUCGGGCAGCAGUUCGUCCUCGCCAGAACCUGAAAGUAUUGCCUUGCCCACAUCAGAUGAUCGAAGCCUUCAAAGCUGGAAGGUUACAGAAGAGACUACCUUGCCAUGCAGUUCACCAUCGUUGCCAGACGAUACAGAGCCAGAAUUUCCAGACAAGCUUUCCAGUUCCUUCAAGGAAGAUAUGCCAGAUGGAUACUUUUGCGAAGGCGAAUUCGACAGCAAAGGUGGAGUGAUGACAGUUUCGUCCCAUACGAUGACCAUCCCUCCAGGAGCGCUGGACACGCAGACCCCGGUAAAGAUCACAAUGAAAGUUCUGAGAGACGUACCAAGUGACAUCCUUCUGCAGGAUGACGAGACGGUUGUUACUUAUGGUUUCUGGUGCCUACCCUGCGGAUUGCGAUUCGCAGCUGACAAACCGGUUACGUUGACGAUACCUCACUGUGCCAAACUAAUCGAUCCUCAUAGCAUACAGACUGUAUUGUACUCCUGGAGUCAUAAUGAAAAAGAAGGAGAUGAAACCGUAAAACCUGAACGCAUACAAACACCACGGACCUGUCGGGUAACACCUCACAACAUAGAGAUCUCACUGGAACAUUUUUCAGGAGGUUUUUUUGCCUUCUUACGGAGUUGGUUGUAUAUGGAUGGAAAGGUAAUGUCUGUUAUGCCUUUUCUACCGAAGAUGAUGCCAAUUUCCCGCAAAUUGAUGAUGGAGCUACGAAUGGUGAACAAACCACAUGGAACAUCUUGGAAAGAUUUGCAUGUUCUGGACAAGACUGCUAGGUAUCAACCUGCGAAAGAUGAUGACGAUGAGAUGGUUGUCGAGGAUGAAGAUCUUCAAGUCAGUUUGAAACUUGAAGACAACAUUCCUAUUAACAAGGAUGUCAAGUCGGAGCUACUCAACAGAACAAACAAGCACACUGAGUAUUUUGACUUAGAUCUAAACGACAGACCAGACGACUCAUUGGUGAUUCUCAAAUUGAAGCAGAGUACAUUGGAAAUGGAUAUACAAUUCAGGACACAGUUCUCGGAAGAACGCGAUCAUUCAGCAUCGGAAAGUGCUUUACCAUAUCAAAUAUCAACGAUCGGCUCAUUAGAUACAACAACAUCCGAUUCGGUGGACGAAGCAAGUGAAAACCUGAACGAAAUAAGCGACUUGGAUCUUGUAGAGUUAGCACAGCAACUAGGAAACCACGUCACAAGAGUUGCCCUUAAUCUUGGGUUCAGUCAUGAUCGAUGGAAGCAAUUCAGCGACAUGAACAGAGAUGGCAGCUUAACCGGAACUAUGAACAUGCUCUUCGAUUGGAAAAGGGACACGCUAAGAGAACUGCAGAGGCCGUCUCUAAGGGAAGCGUUAAAAAAUUCAAAGUGUUUAGCACUUGCCGAAACCAUAUAAAUAUAAGUAGCCAAGCAUUCUUCCACUCGAGAGUUUUAGAACUGAAAAGUUAAAU